UGUUUUGUUUCCAUGCCUCACUCACUCCUUUAUCAAUGCAAUGUCAUCUCAUGAGAGUUUUUUCUGUGUGCUCUCAUAGCACGUUUCUGUUUUCUUUGCCACUGUCACUGUCCCUCCCUUCUUCAACAACGACACUAGUCUCCUUCUCUCAACACACCCAUCAUUCUUCAACCCCCACAACACUAAUAUAACCAUUCAACUUUAUUCAACCUCUUCCAUACCUUGAAACUUUUCAUUAAUGGAGUUGAAAUAUUUACUCACCUAAUCCAGUUCCUCAAUUCUUUUUUCUAGAUUUUUUCUAGAUUUUUUCUAUGAUUUUUUCUAUGAUUUUGUUAUAACAUUUCUUUAUAUAUUUAUAUAUAUAAAUAUGUGCUUUUCUUUUUCAUUAUUGUUGUUACACAAUCCCCAAAGCUACAAAGUUUGAGACAUUUCAUGUUGUUCUGAGAAAACCCUGUGGUUGUUUUUUGUGUUUUUUUCCUUGUUGGGUUGAAAAAUGUCAUCUUUACAGAUGACCCAUGUUGAUUUAGAGCAAGGAAAUCAUCAUCAUCAUCAUGCUAGUUCUGUUGUUGGAAGUGAUGUGAGUGGUGAAGGAAGUUUAUGUUUCUCUGAUGCUGAUGAUGGUUCAAGCUAUUCUCGUUUCUAUUCAACAAAUGGUGGUUCAUAUGAUGAUUACUCUUUUGCUUGUGUUUCUGAUGAUCCUGAGCUUGGAGGUGGUGGUGGUGGUGGUGUUCAGGAUUCUGCUAGAGUUUCCUCUGUCACUGAUUGUUCUGUUGAAAUUAGAAUUGGGGUUCCUGAGAUUAAGGUGCAUUUGGCUAAAGUUGAGAAAGAUUGUAGGAUUUGUCACAUGGGUUUGGAAAGUGAGAGUCAUGAAUCUGGUUCUCCUAUUGAAUUGGGUUGUUCUUGUAAAGAGGAUUUAGCUGCUGCUCACAAAAACUGUGCUGAAGCUUGGUUCAAGAUUAAGGGAAAUAGGACCUGUGAAAUUUGUCAUUCGGUUGCGCGGAAUGUUUAUAGUGCAAACGAGGAUUCGACAGAGCAUGUGGUUGACAGUAACAAUACUACCGCAUCUUCCACGCUCUCAACUGCUGCGCCUACACCAGAAACUCAAAGAUUUUGGCACGGCCAUCGCUUCUUGAAUUUUCUCCUUGCUUGUAUGGUUUUCGCAUUCGUCAUAUCAUGGCUUUUCCACUUCAAUAUGCCAUCAUCUUAGUUUCAUUCAUAAUUUAAUCUUUCUACAAUUUGAGAUCAAUAUGAUUGAGUUUAUAUAGUAGGCAUUAUUGAAUCAUUCUUCUUCAUUUUCUGUUUUGCAUUUAUCAUUUAAGUUUCACAAAAUGGCUUAUGUAAUUUCAUGAACAAGUGCUUGAAUGUUUAUUCAAAUGUAUAUUAUAUAUAUCAUAUUAUAUUGUGACUCAA